CUAUGGUAAAAACACUCAGCCCUGGAAUGUGUGGAAUGUGUUUCCUGUGUUUGGCAUCAUGAGCGCAGACGCUCGCGGAUCUCCACGCGUGGAAGCGCGUGCACUCGCUCCGCUCUCCUCUUGAUUUGUGCUCGCGUCUCGCGCGGACUCCGGGCGUUUCGUGAUGGCGGAGCCGCUGCUCAAACGAACUUUCUCCAAACUGAGAGGAAAAGACCGAUUCCGCCGCAAAACCGACCCCAAACUCACCGAAGUGACGGGGAAGGUGGAUCUCAUCCAGAGUUCUUCAUCGUCAACGUCCAGCGCAGGCCCUGUAGAGACAGAGCCGACGGAGGAGUGUACCAGACGCUCUCACAUCACCGUCUCCAAAAUACAGAACUGGGCCAAACUUUCCUCCGCGUGCCGAGAGCCGGCGCCUCCUGGGUUAGUGUACAGGCCGCAGGACUGGGGUCAGAGGACUUUGAGUGAAGACGGCUCCAAGCAGAAUGAUGUGGAGUUGGGAUUCUCCGGGACACCGUACGAGUCUGUUGAUGCAGGUGUGCCGGAGUUAAGCCCUCUCUCUACAGAUGUGUGCGUCUCUCCCGCUGCAGUGAAGAUCUCCGGACAGGGCGCUUACCUCCAGCAUCUGGACAGCAGCAGCCGAGCGUGGGUUCUGUCCACAGGAAAACCCCAGACGUCAGACGAACCCCUUCAAACCAGCCUCACCGAGUGGCGUCAGGGAGCGCACGGAGACUCCAACAUUUGGUACAACCCCAUUCCUGAAGAGGACGAUGUGGAGAAGUACGGAGACCCGUGGAGAAAGAGAGAGACGGAGAGAUGCGCGAGAGGUUUGAGUCUUGCUGGAGACGUCGAACCGGAGACCAGCUCAGAUGCUGUCGUGUCAGAAUGUGUUAGCUCUGCUAGCCGAGGGACUCCGGACAGUCCCGCAGGGCCGAGUGGGAGUGGCAUGAGUGUGAUUGACAGGAUCAAGUCUCCAGGAACAGUGCGGCGGCUCUCUAUGAAGAUGCGCAAACUUCCCGAGCUGAGACGAAAGCUUAGCCUGCGCUCGUCCCGUAACCAGCGGCACGCUCAGGGGAACGCCAGCGGCGCGACGGAUGAGGCGUCGCCCCCAAACGCACGCAAAGAAUCGUCCAACGUCAUCAGCCGGUACCAUCUGGACACCAGUGCUCCCGCCCGGCCGACACGACGCUCCUCGCGAGCUCGCUCUGCGAGUAAAGGAGGAUAUCUUAGCGACGGAGACUCGCCUGAACUGCUGCCGAAGCAGGGGUCGGGUCAGCCCGCCACAUCACCGCCACACGGCGGAGUUCAGGAGUCACCCGCCGUCACAGACACGGAUUCGUUCCGCCUGUACUCUCUGACGGAUCAGCCGCGCUGUGCCCAGCGUCUCUCCGGUCUGCUCACGGUGCAUCUGCUGGGCAUCGAGGAGCUGCGGCGUUCCCCGCAGAGCGACGCUACUAAAGAAGUGUUCUGUGCCAUUCAGGUGGACGGUGUGACCCGAGCUCGGACGUCACUGCUCACCUGUCAAGGGCCGCGGCUGCCGCUCAAUCACACCUUUAACCUGGAGCUGGAGAGAGCACGACUGCUCAAACUGGUCAUUCUGACACCGGCCGGCGCUGACAAUGGACCCUCCGCACCCGCCCGAAACCGGGUGUGCUGCGUGGGUGCUGUGGCCAUACCCCCCCUCUUCAAAGCCUCUCGCUGUCAGCAGUUGUGUGUGAGGUUGGAACCGCGAGGUUUGCUCUAUGUGAAGUUGACUCUGUUGGAGCACUUUGUGAGUCCGUUUCCUCGUCUCAGUGAUCUUCCUCCUCCGUCCGUGUUUGGGGUGGAGCUGAAACAGCUGGUGGAGAAGGAGACGUCUGCUCUCCAAGUUCCUCUCAUCAUUCAGAAGUGCGUGUGUGAGAUUGAGCGCAGAGGUCUGAGGGUUGUGGGCUUGUAUCGUCUGUGCGGUUCAGCAGCAGUGAAGAAGGAACUGCGUGAUGCCUUUGAGAGGGACAGUGCUGUGGUCGUGUUAAAUGAAGAGCUCUAUCCCGAUGUCAAUGUUAUUACCGGGAUUUUGAAGGAUUAUCUGCGUGAGCUGCCGUCAGCUCUCAUCACCAGGACUCUGUAUGAAGUUGUUCUGGAGGACAUGAUGGCUCGUCCGGCCUGCAAGAGUGACAGCGACACACACAGAUCAGACAACACAAUCUCACUCCUUCAGUGUCUGCCUGAACCAGAGAGGGCGACUCUGUCCUUCCUGUUGGAUCAUCUGAGUCUCGUGGCGUCCUUCAGUGACUCCAACCGAAUGACCUGUCAGAAUCUGGCGGUGUGUUUCGGGCCGGUUCUUCUGACCCCCUCACAGGAGUGUUGGCAGGCCGGGCUAACGGCUCCCGGCUCAGGGCCCGGGGUCACUCGAGGAGGGCGGGGCUUUGCUCACAGUGAAGACAUCGCUAGCGCCGUGGACUUCAAACGGCACAUCGAGGCAUUGCAUUACCUUCUGAAGCUCUGGCCCGUACCCAAAGGAAGAGUGACGGAGGAUUCCGACCAAGCUCCCCUCGCAUCCCAGAAAUCCUCACUGCGGUGGGCUCAACGUGUACAGCUGCGCGCCGACCUUCCGUCAGCACAGGACGCGGUGGUGGUGUCCCGCAGGGGGCGUGGCCGUCUGGAAAGCCCACCCUGUAACCGUUACGCCGGCGAUUGGAGCGUGUGCGGGCGGGAUUUCCUGUCUAACGAUGAGGCAGAUUACGACGAGGUUGCCGGCAGCGAGAGCGAUGAUGACGACAUUGAAGAGACGAAGAAGACGGACGUGUGGGUGUCCCCUGACGGUUUGUUCGUGGAUGAUUUUGCGUUGGAUUUUGACGCUCCCUUCACGUGUCGACUGAGUCUGAAGGACUUCGAUACUCUCAUUUCAGACCUGGAGAGAGAGUUAGCCAAACAAAUCAACAUCUGCCUUUAAAACCCAGAACAUUAUACGUGUCCUUCAUCCAGAAUUAUCCACGUCUUCGGCCAUGGAUGACAUCUCACUGUGAGUUUUGAGUUUGGGUCUUGAGGCGUCUCGAGCGUUGACGCGUUGAGACACGCUCAAAUGUUUUAUAGCGGCUACUGUCAUGUAUUAUAAAACCCAAGUGUUCUCAUAAUCUGCUAUCGGUUGAUUAUAUUCACAGUUAUGUUGAAGGUGAGAUACAGGUGUGUAGAUUAUUAUAAAAAUCGCCAUGACGACACAUGAUCUACUUUAUGUGUUUGUGAAGUUUAUUUUAUUGAAAUCUUUGUGUACGACUCGUUUCAUAAAAGGCCCGUGUGUGCGUCCAGGCCAACAUUUCCUCACACUUUCCAGCGGUUCACUCCAGACGUUCUUAAGGGCCCUGACAAACACAAAUAUUACAAAUGUGUUACGUUUAACGCAGGAUCUGAGCAGGACUCUGUUCUUAGGAUCUGAAGAAAAGUUUCUCUCGCGUGAACUAAAAGACAUUUCGCUGACAUUCCUCUGACAUCACAUGAAAUGCUUUAGUUCUAGUCAAAUGUUUUUGUGGCUAAAUGUCUGUUAAAGGGCAACUUCACACAAAAGUGAAAAUUCUGUCAUCAUUUAAUCACCCUUAGAUUGUUCCAAACCUGUAUCAAAACGUCUUUGUUCUGCCGAACACACAGAAACAUACCUGGAAGAUUGUCAAAUCUCACCCCCUAUUGACUAUAUUAUUUAUUUUCCCUACUAUGGCAGUAAAUGGUGGGUGUGAUCUAACAUUCUUCCAAAUGUCUUCCUGUGUGUUCAGCAAAACAAAGACAUUUAAACGUGUUUGGAAGGUGAUUAAACCAUGACAGAAGUUUCAUUUUUGGGAGAAGUAUCCCUUUAAAAAAUAAACAGACAGGUUUCUAAAAGCAAAAACUACAGUUACAGUAAAGCACCUAUGAUGAAAGUCAAUCAUGAAGAUUUAAAAGCAUCAAUGGAUAGCUUAGAUUUGAUUAACGCACCUAAACAAAAUCAACAAAUUCAUCUCUUACAAAUGUAUAUUAUUUGAACAGGACAUGGCCAUAACGAUAAUAGGAGUUGUCAAUUUAAGUCUUUUGGCUAAAUUGUGUGUUUUAACAUGUGUUAUAUUUGUGCAUCACUGUGACUGUAGUUUUUAAUACAGAUUCUUUUGAUGGAUGGUCUACCAUUGGUCAGGCAAACAGAUGCACCGCAGCCCCUGCAAAAGCCAAGUUUACACUUUCUGAAAGAACCAACCGAGCAAUAAAUUAGUUGUGGUUUACUUUAAAUCGUGAGCUGUGAAAGUAUUAAAACAUCCAAAAUAUGACAUUUGCAUUCCUUUAAAAACAUAAAAACAAUACUUAAAGGGCCCAUCGGAUGAAAAUCCAAAUUUUUCUGUCUUUAAGUGCUAUAAUCGGGUCGGAAAACAUGAAAAAUCAGAACCAAAUAACUUUGUUUUGGUAGCAUGUGAGAAAUCCAGCCGCUCAGAUUUCACUCCCCUUGUGACAUAAGAAGGGGUUCUUAUUAUGAUGUUACUGCCCAAUAAUCUGCAUGUUUACACCCACUGCGUGGCCAUGGCAUGCACUAAACCAGUGUUUCCCAACCCUGGUCAUCGGGGCACACCUCCCAGAAUGUUUGAAAUGUCUCCCUAAGUAACACGCCAACAAGCUGACGAGUUGAAUCAGGUUGAAUCUAAAAGAUUCUGGGAGGUGUUACCCGAGGACCAGCAUUGGGAAACACUACAUGUGCGUUGUGUCGACUCUGACGGAAGAGGGGUGGGGUCCACAGUAACUCAUUUGCAUUUAAAGAGACAUACACCAAAACGAGUUGCUGUGAGCAUAAAGGAGGUUGUUUACACAACCAUUGAGUGUUUAUUUUUAUUUUAUUUUUUUUGGCGUUUUUGCCUUUAUUUGCACAGUAACAUUGAGAGGACAGGAAAUUAAGUGGGUGAGAAAGAGGGGGUGGGAUUGGGAAAGCACCACGAGCCGGGACUGGAACUCGGGUCACCCGGAGUGCAACAGCACCAUUUGCCGGAGCACUAACCACAAGGGUAUCGGCUCUGACCCAUUGAGUGUAAUUAAGCUAAAUAUGUUACAGACAUAUCACGAAGACCCUAAUAAAUCAUGCCAACUUGUUGAAAACGUUCAUCCGAUGAGCCCUUUAAAAGACAAUCACCAGAAUGAAGAUUUUUGUUUUAUCUGCAGAAUGUUUUAUUCUUGACUAUAUUUGCACAGUUUGUUCCGUCAUUGUCUUUGCUGUUUGUAGAAGAAGCAGACACACAAAAUGUAAACGCAAAACACACACAACUGUUGAGACAGUAAGAAUAUUCAUUCAUUUAUGGUGUGCUGUCUGUCUUCAUGAAUAUGCCAAAGACACCUCUGAUGCUUUUAUUGCACUUCUCUCUCUCUCUCUCUCUAUAUAGUGUUUAUAUAUUGUGCCUUUGCUGCUAUUUGUGUUCUAGCGGUACAAAUAAUCUGAACUGUUGAAUCCAAAAGCCACAAAUGGAAUACAAGGCCAUAACUGAGCCUGUGAGCUCUAUAUGCAAGCUGUUUGAUAUUGUAUUUUGUCUAUUUGUAUAAACAGUAUUAUAUUAUUAUUAUUGCACCUGUAACAUGAAGCACUUGUGUUUGUGCUCUUUGUGCACAGCUGAGAAACACACACAUCUGUACGUGUGUGUGUGUGUGUGUAAUGAACUCAUUAUCAUUCAGUGUUAUGUUUAAAAAAUGAAGCAAUAAAGCUCAGUGUUAUGUUUGUAAAA